AUGUAUACCCGACAGCGGCCUCAAGUAUACUCGACAGCGCCCUCCAGUGUACACUCGACAGCGGCCUCCAAUGUAUACCCGACAGCGGCCUCCAGUAUACUCGACAGCGGCCUCCAGUGUACACUCGACAGCGGCCUCCAAUGUAUACCCGACAGCGGCCUCAAGUAUACUCGACAGCGGCCUCCAGUGUACACUCGACAGCGGCCUCCAAUGUAUACCCGACAGCGGCCUCCAGUAUACUCGACAGCGGCCUCCAGUGUACACUCGACAGCGGCCUCCAAUGUAUACCCGACAGCGGCCUCCAGUGUACACUCGACAGCGGCCUCCAGUAUACUCGACAGCGGCCUCCAGUGUACACUCGACAGCGGCCUCCAAUGUAUACCCGACAGCGGCCUCCAGUAUACUCGACAGCGGCCUCCAGUGUACACUCGACAGCGGCCUCCAAUGUAUACCCGACAGCGGCCUCCAGUGUACACUCGACAGCGGCCUCCAGUAUACUCGACAGCGCCAUCCAGUGUACACUCGACAGCGGCCUCCAAUGUAUACCCGACAGCGGCCUCCAGUGUACACUCGACAGCGGCCUCCAGUAUACUCGACAGCGCCCUCCAGUGUACACUCGACAGCGGCCUCCAAUGUAUACCCGACAGCGGCCUCCAGUAUACUCGACAGCGGCCUCCAGUGUACACUCGACAGCGGCCUCCAGUAUACCCGACAGCGGCCUCCAGUAUACUCGACAGCGGCCUCCAGUGUACACUCGACAGCGGCCUCCAAUGUAUACCCGACAGCGGCCUCCAGUAUACUCGACAGCGGCCUCCAGUGUACACUCGACAGCGGCCGCUAGCGUAG